UAAGUUUUAGAGACUAUUUAUUUAUAAAAAACUUGUUUUUUUCUUCCUAGUUGUUUUCUAUCUUGAUAGUGUUAUCAAGUAGUUUUCUUUGUUUUCGACAUAGUACAAGGUCUAUGGUUUUCGACUACCUAGGUUCUUGAAAGAUUCUAGGUUCAAGACCUUUAUCGUUUUCCGGGUAGAUCCGUGCUCGGUGGAUUUACCGAGGAAUCAUGUGGAACCACACUCACACAGUCACAUUUAUAAACAUAUACGAUUCUAAUACUAAAUUAUGGACUGUAUGUUGUGGACUCGUGGUCGUGGUCACAAACUUUACUUUCAACAGUCACAACCAUGAACGUAAAGCUGCAGUCGUAGACUCGUAGUGUGAUGAUAAUAUGACUAUGGCCAUAACGUAGGAACAACAACUACAGCUGAUGUUUAGAUAACUAUCGAAGAGACGUAUCCGGUUGUUGACUCGAACAUCACAUUGAAACCAGUACUAAUCAAAGGAUCCAAAUUAGUUUCUCAAGUGCUAAAAUGGGAUUUGGAAUAUUUAACAGAACACAUGAAUUCCAUAUGCUGUAAUGUAUUGGUAUCGAAAAAUCAUGAGUUCAAGUAUUAUGAUCAAAAAAAAAUCACCCCUAAUAUGACAUUCAAACCAAUCAGUCGACCAAGCCCUAUGAUAUUUUCUGAAUUUGCUGCAAAAAUAAAAGAUUGGAAAAAAGGAGACGCCAGAUUAUACAUGCAACAAGUAUUGAAUAACUCAAUUAGCCAACAUAUUGUUAGUGACUUUGUUAUGUUCAAUUGGGAUUGGAUCAUUUCAAAACAAAAAGCAUGUAAAUGGGGUUCUCUGACAUCUAAUCUUCUUUUAAUUGCACAAGAAGGUAAUGUUACUCCAUGUCAUUAUGACGAGCAACAAAAUAUGUUUGCUAGCAUUCGAGGAUAUAAGAGAUUCAUUUUAUUUCCACCUAGCAAAUUUGAGUGUUUAUAUCCACAUCCAGUUCAUCAUCCUUAUGAUAGGCAAAGUCAAGUGGACUUUGAUAAUCCAGAUUACAAAAAAUUUCCAAAAUUCAAAGAAGCUUGUGGAUAUGAAGUUGUAGUUGGCCCUGAAGAUGUCUUAUAUAUACCCAUGUAUUGGUUCCAUCAUGUUGAAUCAUUGAUGCAUGGUGGCUGUACAAUUUCAGUAAACUUUUGGUUCAAAGCAGGACCUGUUGAAAAAAUUGAGUAUCCUUUGCUAGACCACCAGAAAAUGGUUAUCAUGAGAAAUGUGGAAAAAAUGUUAGCAGAAGCAUUACAUGAUCCAAAUGAGGUUGGUAAUAUGCUGAAUACAAUUGUUUUAGGUCGAUACACGUCUGACACUAAUUAAUAGUUCCCAAUUAAAUAUGUAUUUUAAUUUUUAACUUUAAAAAAAGAUCUGAUUGAAUAAUAAUCAUCCAAACAAUGAGGUUAUUUAAUACUUUUAGUUUAUAUAGAAUAACAUAAAUUUCAAUAUGUUCUUCUAAUUUUAACAUUAAUUUAUUUUUAUUUUUAAUAUGAUUUUUAGUAAUUUCAGGCAUGGUUUAAAUUGUUAAGCUUUAACAGUAAUCAAUAGAUGCUACUUAGACUUAUUGUUUGUGUAUAUUAAAGCCUUGGAUCAUAUACACUGGAUAUAUAGACUAUUAUUAUAACACGAGGCAUACUAACUGCAAUACAUAUAUAACUUUAUUAUGCCUAAAUAUCAAGUAGCGCACCAAUAUAUUAUUUAGAUUUUGCUUAACAGUUCUAUUCAGUUUAAAAAUUUGUUUAAAUUUCACGUCUAAUGCAAAUAGAAUCAACUAAUUGUGGUACCACUCAGUGACAUACCCAGAAAUCUCCCAAGGGAGGAGCCCACUAGUUAUAACACCAAAAUUAUAUAUUUUAGUAUAUUACAUUUAAUAUAUUAUUAAAAUAUAGCAAUUUAAGCACCUAUAUUUAAGUAUGCACAAAUAUCGCUAUAUUCACAACUUCACGAUUAUACUAGGAUCACACUAUGCGUUUUAUUGGCAAAUGGCAACCGAUCGGCAAUUGAACAGUAACGUGUGCAGUAUCAACUUAUUGUCAUCAAAACAAGUAUCAGUUUAGUCUAGACACAAUAAUUUGUCAUUGAUCUUAUCUUUUUCUCUGUGAAGAAAAUUGAGAACUUUUUGAUAUCUAUUUCAGUAUUGCAAAACAAUAUUUGAUUUAAAAUUUUUAUUUUUAUUAAUUUCAUAUAACAAAUCAUUAUUUAAUCAUACAUUAUAAAGUAUAAUAUGAGUAGUAUUGUGUUAUACUGUUAUAUGUACUACAUGGAUGGUGCUGCCCUCUAAAUAUGCCACUGGUACCACUUCUCUAUAUUUCACAUGUGGUUCCGAUUAAUGGUAUGUGCUAUAGUUCUAUCCAUUGUAUAUGAUCAAUCUACUGUAAAUACAUGUUAAAUAUAAUACAUUUUUAUUAGUCAUUUAUGCUCUACUAUGAUUGCAAUAAUCUUCUUUUUUUUAUUAUUGUUAUUUUCUUGUAUUUAUAUUAUAGUAGGGUGUGUAAAUUCAAACUCACAUUGUAUAAUUUGUGAACCAUAUUAUAGCAAUCAUAACAUGUAUAUAACCCUUAAUAUUUGAUCGGGGCCAGAGUGGCGCAAUGGUCACGCAGUUGAUUGCGACUCACCCAGUCAUUAGUUCGAUUCAUAGCAAAGUGCAAAAAAUUGUGUGUUUUUACGCGAUUAUCAAUUUCUCGUCAUUCGGUUUCCAACUAGGUCCCACUUAGACCGUACAUGUCUCCUCUUGGAGAAGAGAGGUAGUAUCUUGUUGAUUAUAAGGUCAUUCCAAUGAAUAAAUACAGAGAAAAAAAAUAUUUGAUAAUAUUUAUACUUCAUUUUUUACAUGGUUUGUACAAACCGUUUAGUUUUAAAAAAUAAUUUCAAGGCUGAUUUUAAAAAAGAACCUAAUGGACAUACAUAUAAGUUUAAUAGAUGAAUAAUAGUUUAAUGAAAUAAACUAUUUACUAUUUGGAGU